AUGGCCAGCUUUCAGGAUCGUGCGCAGCACCAGAUUGCGCAGCUCGACAAGGAGCUCUCCAAGUACCCGCUCCUCAACAACCUUGAGCGACAGUCCUCGAUUCCCAAGGUCUACGCCAUCCUGGGUGUCGUUGGAAUCUACUUUUUCCUCGUUUUCUUCAACAUUGCCGGCCAGUUCCUGGUUAACUUUGCCGGUUUCCUGAUUCCGGGAUACUACUCGCUCAACGCGCUGUUUACCAGCAGUACCGCAGAUGACACUCAGUGGCUGACCUACUGGGUGGUUUAUGCCUUCUUGACCGUCAUCGAGAGCGCUCUUAACGCUGCCUACUGGUUCCCAUUCUACUACAUCUUCAAGUUUGUUCUCGUUCUCUGGAUGUCGCUGCCCCAAUUCAGCGGCGCCCAAGUCGUCUUCCACUCCUUCAUCCAGCCACUGUUCGCCCGUUUCUUCACUGGCGGCUCGGUCUCGUCGAACUUGAAGGCCCAGGCUGAGGCGGCUACCAAGUCGCAGUAA